AUGAAUUAAACGAGCCUCUCCCCAAGAGUUCACAACAUUAGAUUCGAUCAAUUUUGCUCGAAUAUCAAAAGUUUAUCUCGAUGUAAAACUGAAAUGGGUAUAGUUCAUUAAAAACCAAUAAUCAACUUAAAACAAAUUCUUAAGGAUCACAAAUCAUUUAGUAAUCAUACUCAAAUUGAAACAACUCGAACAUGUAUUGUGGCGACCGACUAGCAAAAGAGAUUUCUAUUAUAAAAACGAGGGUCUAGAGUUGUAACAUCAAAACCAAGGUACUCUGAAGAAUUGGAGAAAAUAAAAUAAAAAUUUAUUAAAUUAGCAGAAGGUUGGCAUCAAAAAGAAGAAAAUUAUCUCAAACAGCAAUCUAUUUUGAAAUAAGAAAUCGCAAGACUGCAUGUGAUUAUUUAGCAUCUGACAAAAAAAUGA